UGCUUGCUUUGCUCAGCAUACACACAAAGUAGAAGCCAUCACCAACCAAGAAUUUUACAUUCUGACUCUAUUCAAAGCGUUGCAGCAAACACGGAUGUUUCUGAAAUGUGGGAGAAUGAUCUGCGCCCUAUCCUGAUAGAAAGAUACGCAGGAUCACAAGGAAAUUACAUUGUACGACAGCAUAUCAAACACCGUCUUCAAAGAUUACAAGCUGGUUGGGAAAUUGAAGAAGAUACAUUUCAGAGAUACACACCAUAUGGAUAUAGAACAUUUUCAAAUAUUAUCAGCACCCUCAACCCUACUGCAAAACGUCAUCUGGUACUUGCUUGCCACUACGACUCAAAAUUUUUUGGACAACAAUGGCAGGAGACAGUGUUUGUAGGAGCAACUGAUUCAGCUGUGCCUUGUGCUAUGAUACUGGAGCUGGCACGUGCCCUGGAUAACCAGCUUCAGUUAAUCAAGACCAGUUCAACCUCAAGACCAGACCUUUCACUUCAGCUCAUAUUUUUUGACGGUGAAGAAGCCUUUGUCCAGUGGUCGCCUUCCGAUUCCCUCUACGGAUCAAAACACUUAGCUCAGAAAAUGGUAUCUACUCCACAUCCACCUGGUUCAACAACCACAAAUCAGCUGCAGGGCAUAGACCUGUUUGUACUACUGGAUUUAAUUGGUGCACCAAACCCGGUCUUUCCCAAUUAUUUUCCAAAUACUAUUCGAUGGUUUCAGAGGCUUCAAGAAAUUGAAAGAGAGCUACAUAACAUGGAUCUGUUGAGGAAUCACCUUGUUGAAAGGCAGUAUUUCCAGACUACAUUACAUCGAGGCUUGGUUGAAGAUGACCACAUUCCAUUUUUAUUAAGAGGGGUUCCAGUUCUACAUCUGAUUCCAUCCCCUUUCCCUGCAGUGUGGCAUACCAUGGAGGACACAGAAGAAAAUCUUGACGAAGCCACGAUUGACAAUCUCAGCAAAAUCCUGCAAGUGUUUGUACUGGAAUAUCUAAACCUGUGA